GCCUGCGCAGUAGCAGCGCGGAGUCGGUGCUUUAGUACGCCGCUGGCACCUUUACUCUCGCCGGCCGCGCGAACCCGUUUGAGCUCGGUAUCCUAGUGCGCACGCCUUGCAAGCGACGGCGCCAUGAGUCUGACUUCCAGUUCCAGCGUACGAGUUGAAUGGAUCGCAGCAGUUACCAUUGCUGCUGGGACAGCUGCAAUUGGUUAUCUAGCUUACAAAAGAUUUUAUGUUAAAGAUCAUCGAAAUAAAGCUAUGAUAAACCUUCACAUCCAGAAAGACAACCCCAAGAUAGUACAUGCUUUUGACAUGGAGGAUUUGGGAGAUAAAGCUGUGUACUGCCGUUGUUGGAGGUCCAAAAAGUUCCCAUUCUGUGAUGGGGCUCACACAAAACAUAACGAAGAGACUGGAGACAAUGUGGGCCCUCUGAUCAUCAAGAAAAAAGAAACUUAAAUGGACACUUUUGAUGCUGCAAAUCAGCUUGUCGUGAAGUUACCUGAUUGUUUAAUUAGAAUGACUACCACCUCUGUCUGAUUCACCUUCGCUGGAUUCUAAAUGUGGUAUAUUGCAAACUGCAGCUUUCACAUUCAUGGCAUUUGUCUUGUUGAAACAUCGUGGUGCACAUUUGUUUAAACAAAAAAAAAAAAAAA